AUAAGGUCAAGUACUUCUCGGCAAUGAUUUCUCACAUCACUAGCGAUAACAUUUCACCUCUGCAGCAAAUCGAACACAUAUGAUUUUUGGUGCACACUUCUGAACAACGCGCACUCUUCCUUUUUAUUCAAAGGAAAAAUAUUUACUUAUUUUACCAACUCUUCCGGUUGUCACUUGGAGAGACGUAAUGACACCUUUAACACAGAACGGCAUAGAAGAAGCGUUCGCUAGUGAGGCGGCGCUUCAGCAGGCUGCCGCCAGUGUUAGUGCAAAUAUCGUCAAAGGGGCUUAUGACGUUUCACAUGUUGUGGAGCAAAUGGGUUUCGCUCUGACUUCACCCACGAUAGAGCAACGCGUUAAUGGAAUAAAGCUACUUUCGUUUGUUUUGCGGCAAUUACCAAAGGAUCACCUCAAUAGAAAACAAUUGGAGUUCAUAGCAGAUUUUUACGCAGAUCGUCUGAAGGAUCAACAUAGUGUACUACCUGCUGUAAUUGAUGGUAUUCAUGCUUUAGUAGAAAUGAAAGAUCUGCCCGCGGAGAGUGUGCCGAAAAUUUUGGAUUCAUUUUUCAAACACACCAGCUGUCAGUCUCAUCAACGUGGUGAACGAGGAAAGUGGUUUAAAAUCUUAAAACACGUAGGAGAGCAGUAUGAAAAAGAACUAAAGCAAAUGGGUGUCGAUUUUAUGUACGGAUUGAUAAAUUCAAUCGACGGCGAGCGUGAUCCUCGUAAUUUGGAUUUUAUAUUCACUUUCAUGCCUGAUUUGAUAAAACACUUUUCGCUGUUGCAUUUGGGUGAAGAAAUGUUUGAAAUAUUUGCCUGCUAUUUUCCCAUUGAUUUUACCCCGAGUCGCGAUGAUCCCAGCAAUAUAUCACGUGACGAGUUAGCUGCGAAAUUGAGCGAAUGUUUGGUUGCAUCGCCUGAAUUUAUUGAAUGGGUGGUGCCAUUGGCGUUGGAAAAGCUGGAAAGUGAUUUGGUGGUUGCCAAAUUGGACUCGUUGGAACUAUUGCGCAAAUCGGCAAUUAAGUUUCCUGCAAAAUUAUUGUCUCAGCAUUUUGAUGUCAUCUGGGCAGCUCUAAAGACCGAAAUAUUCCCCGGUGGCGAUAAUACGGACGUUGUUUCUGCUGGCAUCAUCGUAUUGCGUACAAUUUUAGAGCAAGCUCACUCAACGCCAGAAAUUAGCCAUAGUUACCAAACCACUGUUUUGGGUGCAAUUUUGCCGCAUUUAAGCGACGUCAAUCAACGUCUCUACAAUCCAUCGACAGCUAUUGCAUUGGUUUGUGUCGCAGGUGAUCCGAUUUUCGCUGGCGAACGGAUACUUAACACCUUUUUGCUGAAACUAAGCACAAAACCCCAAAGUAUUGACGGCGGGGGCGACAAAGCGAUAUUGUCAACUGAUACUUACAACGAGGACCAGCGUAUCAAAGUGUAUGCGAUUAUAGCACAACUUUUCAAAAUUGUUGCAAUACGAGAUUGUGCGGAGCAGUUGAACAAGGCUACAUGCGACGCAAUUCAUCUAGAUAUUAUUGGAGUGCUGCGUGCUAACAUAGAUGCCGAUGCUGCAGAGCAAAAUAUUGAUUUAAAACACGCAGCGCUGAGUGCACUUACCGAAAGUAUGCCUUUGAUCAAUGAAACGAAUCGUGCACUCCUUUACAAAGUACUUCUACAGCUGAUCACACACGAUUCGCUCGAUCUUCAGUGCGUGGAAUUACUAGAAUUGCUCGGUGCUUGUCAUCCUGUCGAAGUGCAGUCAAAUUGCAUUGAUGUGCUCACUCGCAACUUCGCUAUCUACCCAAAUUUCGUAAAAAGGAAAAUGUUUAAGCAUCUACUGAAAUUGGUGGUGCAAGCGGCCUUUACGUCGCGUGUACUCGAUUUGUUGUGGCACUAUUGCUUUGGUCAAGACAUACCCAGCGAUGUGCAAUUAAUCGCUCUUGAAGCGCUUAACAUGCUAUUGAACAGCAAUGAUACGCGUCUAAUCGUUGAGCUACAGACCAAUAACUGCCUUAUUGAUAAGCUUGUGACAUUAGCUUUGGGAAAUGCACCACUUAGUAUACCUGCGCUUGAGCAAAUUGCAGCUGCGCUUUGUCGCAUUCAACAGCAUUUGUCUGUUUCGGAACAAUAUAUAAUAACAACUGAGUACCUUUCGCAGCUAAAACUGCAGUCUGCCGCACAUUUGUAUGUCGCCAAAGGGCUACUGGGUCAUUUACAUCAAGAAAUAUGUCUGGAUGACUUCCUUGAGUGGCUGCUGAACGAUUUGACGCAACAGUCGCUUACCGUUGACGAAGUCGGUGAUAAUAAGGAAACCCUCCGUACAGUUGCACGUCAGUUGAUAUGCAGCCUGGUUAAUCGGAUAGAAGAGAAUGAACAAAAUCGUGACAAUUUAGUUAAGACUCUGGAACUAUUGAGGACAAAAAUAAAAGAAGAAAACGCAUUGGCUGUAGAGACUUUGGCGUGGUUGGCCAAAGGCCUCAUUGUAGCCGGUAACGACCUAACAGCGGAAAUAAUUGAGACACUUGCCGAAUUAUUGGACCAUCCCACAUUGGGCACAGCUGCAACUGUAGCGUUUGAAAUAAUCGCUGCGGACUAUGAUGAACUAUUUUUAACUAAAGUAAAAUUUCUAUACAAACAGAAGCUUUUCAAUGUGGUUUUGAUAAAGUUGGGCGAUAAGUUGGAAACACAUUCCGAACGUCAUCUGAUUGCUUUUAUUUAUGUGUUGCAAAGCGCGCCAUACGCCGUGCAAAAGAUGCAUCUGGAAAAGAUUGGUCCGCUGCUCUUCAAAUCGCUUGAGCUUAACCACACAGCCGUGCUCUGCUAUUCUCUAAACAUUUGUGGGCGUUUUGUUGCGGAUCGCGAUGAAUACAUUCUUAGACACUUGAAUCAUAUAAUACCGAGCUGCUUGCGGUUAGCAAAAUACCAGAACUCAAUGAAAGUGCGCAUCGGAGCUCUAAAUCUUCUGCACGACAUUACCAAAUAUUCCACCCAUGUCUUGUUAACGCAUAAAAUCGACGUUGUGCUGGAACUGGCGUCCGCCUUAGAUGAUCAUAAGCGCUUGGUACGCAACACGGCUGUGCGCACGAGGAAUGCCUGGUAUAUGGUCGGUACAAGCGAAGCUAAUUAUUAAGCGGACAAGUGGCAGCUGCUGAGCAUCAAAUAAAAGCGAACUUCGUUUUUUGUUUGUUUUU